GCCACCUCCACCACAUGGAAUUGAGCAACAAAACACAAAUUUCAGAAUUUUUUCUUCUGGGAUUUUCAGAAGAACCAGAACUGCAGCCCCUCAUAUUUGGGCUUUUCCUCUCCAUGUACCUGAUCACUGUGUUUGGGAACCUGCUCAUCCUCCUGGCCGUCAGCUCUGACUCCCGCCUCCACACCCCCAUGUACUUCUUCCUGGCCAACCUGUCCUUUGUAGACAUUUGCUUCACCUCCACCACCGUCCCGAAGAUGCUCUGGAACAUCCAGACCCAGAGCAAAGUCAUAACCUAUGCAGGCUGCAUCACACAAAUGAACUUUUUCGUAACCUUUGCAGGGAUGGACGACUUUCUCCUGGCUGUGAUGGCCUAUGACAGGUUUGUGGCCAUCUGCCACCCCCUGCAAUACACGGUCAUCAUGAACCCCCGGCUCUGUGGACUGCUGGUUCUGGUGUCCUGGAUCAUGAGUGUUCUGUAUUCCUUGUUACAAACCUUAAUGGUGUUGCGGCUGUCCUUCUGUACAGAGGUGGAAAUCCCCCACUUUUUCUGUGAACUCAAUCAGAUGAUCCAACUUGCCUGUUCUGACGCCUUUCUUAAUGACAUGAUGAUGUAUUUUGCAACUGUGCUGCUGGGUGGUGCUCCCCUGGCUGGGGUCCUUUACUCUUAUUCUAAGAUAGUUUCCUCCAUACGUAGCAUCUCAUCAGCUCUGGGCAAGUAUAAGGCAUUUUCUACCUGUGCAUCUCACCUCUCGGUUGUCUCUCUAUUUUAUUGUACUGGCCUGGGAGUGUACCUCAGCUCUGCUGCUACCCAGAGCUCACACUCAAGUGCCACAGCCUCGGUGAUGUACACAGUGGUCACGCCCAUGCUGAACCCCUUCAUCUACAGCCUGAGGAACAGAGACAUAAAGGGCGCUCUGAGGAGAUUCUCUGCAAUGGCAGCUAUAAAAGGGCUAAUUGCCUUGGGCUGAAGAAUUUCCCAUGACGGCUGGCCUAAGAGGUUUAGACUCAGAAGUUGUGAUUUUUAAAGCAAAUUCUGUACAUAGAAUUUGCUUCCUUAUUUCCUGGAAGUUUUAUUUUUUUUUUAACUACUCAGUACAAUUUAGUCAGUCAUUUAUUAAAUUUUUCCCUCUCUCUGAUAUCCAACAAUUUUCCCUUCAUUUUCUUUCUUUAUUUCUAAAUUGAUUCCCAACCUGUGAUAUGGAAAAAUUAGGAAUUCCCAUUUAUCUCAUUGAAUUGCUUGGGUUUCUUAAGAAUAAUUUCUUCCCAAAUGACAAAAAUCACCCCUUUCAAGAUGUCUUUAGUUUUACUAAGAGAAUAGACAUUUGUUACCAUUCUGAUGGAAAAAUUCAAUUUGGUAAGUAAGCCAUUUGUUCCUAUCCUAUCCUAUCUUAUCCUAUCCCAUUCUAUUCUAUUCUAUUCUAUUCUAUUCUAUUCCAUUCUAUUCUAAAUCUGAGACCACAGUUUUUCACUUUGUGUUUGCCAUUCCUUUGUGUAUCUCUACCUGCUCUUCCUGAUGAACAUACUAGUGUGUUUCAUAACAGGCCAUUGGUUUUAUUCUCCUAAUUAGGAUCCUGUUCUCUUCUGGCUGUAUGGCUUCAUGGCUGUGUCACCAUUGCUUACAUAGUCGCUGGCAAACUGAUUAUCAAAUACUUGUCUACCAGUGGAGUCUACACGGAAAGGAAAUUCGAAUGAAUAGAAUGACUUACUAUGCUUGUACCCCAAUGUUUAUAGCAGCACUUUAAACAAUGACCAAUGAUGGAAAGAGCCUAAAUGUCCAUCAACUGACGAAUGGAUAAAGAAAUUACGGUUUAUAUACACAAUGGAAUA